AGUUGUGCGAUGAAUGACGGUAACAUAUCGACUCCCAGCGAAGAUGUGGAAGAUCUCAGCCCGAGAGCUGAGGGUAAAUCUGGUGGCUACCGUCGCUCCGUGAGCCCUGUCGAGAAGUUGGACUACUAUGAGAUGGCAUUGACCAGUCCCGAUGAAGGAAGGUUCAUCGAGGCCCUCAAAGGAAGGGCAGUGGGGAAAAUAUGGAAGAUAGUUUACGAUCCUCUCUCUGAUACCAUGAAUGAUUUGAGAGCUUUGGACAAGAACGAUGAGAGAAGACACGCCGAGUUAACGGAGCAGUUGAGGCUUCAAGCUGAGACUGUAUGUAUGUAUUUCACUGAUUUGAAGCGCCGCGUAGUCGAAGUUCGAGGAGAUGCUGAGGCGGAUGCCCGCCGACUGUUGGACGGUCGGCUUGAGGUUGUCUUUGGCGACCUGGAGAGAUACGUCGGUACGUUUGUUGAGGCAAGUCACCUUGAUCUCGCCAUUGAGCAUUACGAGAGGUGCAUACUUCUCCUCGGCUCUCACUCGUCACCUGCUGCUUGCCUACUCUCUAUCACAGCCGGUCUGCAGCGUCGAAGGCUCUCUAAGGUUUGCUAUGAUCUGCUCCGACAUAACCCAGAGCGUGAUGGGCCUGACGCUCUCAUCUCCAAAAUUAAGAGUACUGCUAGGCAUCUGAACGAAGUUCCCGAGGCUAGCCGCCCCUUCGCGAAGUCGAUCUUGGAUGCGUGCAUCUCAAGUCUGCGUGAGCAGCCCUAUAGCCCAGAGCCAUUGAAACUGGCGGGCUUAGUGAUGGUCGACGAGCCGGCACGGACAUCCCCUGGCACCUGGCAUUGGUUGGUACUGCUGACCGCGGCAAUCACUCAGUGUGCGUCCUUGGGGGGUGAACGUGGACCUGUGAAGUCGUUGAUCUCGUCAAUAGGAGCAACGUUGGCGUUAGAGCCGGCGAUGGAUGCGUGUCGUAUCUCGGAGUCGGCCCUAUGGUGCUCCCUCCUCCUCUGUCUCGAAUUCAUGGGGCCUUACUGGCAUGGUGAUGCCGAUGUAGAUGGGAUCGUGAAAGCUCACUGUGCUGAAUAUGCGGUUAGUGCAGCAGAGGACCCUUGGACAUUUACUGUGCUCACGGAUAUCUUCAAUAAGAAUAUAACCCCAGCUGAGCUGAGUGGAAAUCCGAGCGGUACUAUGGCGAGUAGGCUGGUCCAAAGUUGCCUUCACAUCUCGACAAAGACUAAGACUCGCGGUGUCCUCUCGAUUCCGAAGGAAGUCAGUCUCAAGAGAAUUGCCGAGCCGAUGGUGGAUGACCAGUCGGAGAAGGGUGACGCCAGGAGGUCUGAGAGCAAGAAGGGAGAAGGCAUCGCACAUUCGAAGGCAGUCAAUCAUCAUCGAUCGCCCUGGGCUCGAUGUCGGACAGAUAGAUGGGGGAGUUUCUUGUCGGAAGGUGAUCCUGAUGAUGAAUCGACACGUAGACGGACUGCAGUCGUGAGGUCACACGCGCCUGGUAGACAUGAGAGGCCGUCUGAGAGCGAGUAUAAGCCUCUUGUUCUAAUUGAUGGGCCCAACGUGGCCAACAGGCAUGGGGGGCAGCAGUUCACAUGUAAAGGCCUGCAGAUAUGCGUCGAUUACUACAUCUCUAGAGGCCAUGAGGUUAUGGUGUUCCUCCCAGACUACUUGGUCAACCGUAAUGAGCUAUUUAAACUUCGUAAUGCACAGAAGAUGCGAGUCCAAACGGUACACGGUAUCAAGGCAGCUCCUACUCACAUACCAGUGGACAAUAUUGGCAUUCUUCUGAAGCUGCAGACUCAGGGUAGACUGGCGCUGACUCCGUCGAAGGAUUAUGACGAUUCCUACUGUCUACAAUAUGCUCAUAGGAAGGAUGCUGUAAUAGUCUCCAACGAUAUGUACCGCGAUUGGGUGAAAAAGCAGCCGUCGUGGAAAAAGUCAGAGUCGAUUCUGUGGUUGCGUACCCACGUUAUUAGUUAUACUUUCGUGAAGGACGAAUUUAUGCCCAACCCGGACUUUUCAAUGCCGGUCCCGAAGGUCGAGCCACCAGUGUGAAACACUUCUGUGGUUGAACAUACCCUACGUGACGGAAGGCGAAGCCGCGGAGCCUUUGACACAAAGCAAGAAGUGAUUUGCACGGCUCUAGUUUACCACUGUGGUUAAGUCUCUGCUCUGGCUGGGUGAUUCGUACCGUUCUUACCACAUCUAAUAACAGUGUAUGAAGGGAACUACACGCUCGAGUGUCGCAGAUGGUUGGAUUGGUUAUAGGUUAUAUCUUUUGCAGACUAUAAUUUAUAGUAGUCUACCACCAUAACCUAUAGUUGAUGCUGAUAACAACCGACGAUGUAUACCAUUUACAAUCUUUUGUUAUUUUCACAGUUAAACUAGUUAAGUCAUCGAAUACUUGUAUAAAAUCGCUG